CCCCCUCCACCGGCACAGCACACAUCCGCCUCCACCUAACCCUAACACUCUUUAACUUGUUGACAAAAGCAGAACACCUGUUAAAAUGGGACCUGUAUAAUGGUAACCGCGGCCGAUUCGACGCCCUCAGCCCUUCUAUAGCGGCCGAGACUUCAGGGCUAGUUGAUUUAAUUGCUCUCCACCAUGGACCACUCGGAGCUGGUGGCUGAGAUGCCCAACGUGGAGCGGCUGAGCGUGCAGGAGCGGCUGCACCUGGCUCGCCGCCGCCGUCUGCAGCAGCUCAGGUCGUGGUCGCAGUUCGAGAAGGAGUGGCUCAAGAGGAGGAACAGCCAGAACCACAACACCAUCCGCAACACUGCCAACAGGAAAAUCAAGUUCAACAACAGUGUCGUCCUGCUCGAGGCUGCCGCCAGAAACGAUAUUGACGAAGUGAGGUAUCUGCUGAAGCAAGGUGUUGAUCCUGACGCCACAAAUGAAGAUGGCCUGACUGCCUUACACCAGUGCUGCAUUGACGAUAACGAGAAGAUGCUUUUGCUGCUGCUCGAGUUUGGUGCGAACGUGAAUGCAGAGGACUCGGAAAAGUGGACGCCUCUGCACGCGGCCGCCACCUGCGGACACCUGCACCUGGUCAAAAUUCUGGUGGCCCAUAGUGCCAACCUGCUGGCCGUGAAUGCGGAUGGGAACAUGCCUUAUGAUAUUUGCGAGGACGAGCCUACCUUGGACUUCAUCGAGGGCGAAAUGGCCAAACAGGGAGUCACUCAGGAACUUAUCGAUGAGACAAGAGGGUCAACUGAAUUACAAAUGUUGCGCGAGCUUCAGGACAUCGUCGACAAAGGAGGAGAUCUCGAGAUGUGUGACGAAACUCACGGGGCAACUCCACUUCACAUUGCCGCUGCAAAUGGGUAUCUUCAAGUGGUAGAUUUUCUUCUCGACCAUCACGUGAGCACCGACGUCAAAGACCGGGAUUUGUGGCAGCCAGUUCACGCUGCUGCUUGCUGGGGACAUCUAGAAGUUGUCGAAGCCCUAGUUCAGGCUGGUGCUGAUUUGAAUGCCAAAAACAAACACUCAGAGACCCCCGCAGACAUAUGUGAAGAUCCUGAAAUCCGGGAGCGAAUCCUGCACUUAAAGACGGAGCAGGAAAGUAAAAGGGCUCAGGAGCAGCAGAAGCGGCGUGGCGUCCGGCGCUCGCAGUCCAACAACACGCGCACGCAGAACGUGCGGAGAACGUCGAUUCGUGAUAAAAGCCUCACUUCCAAAAAGGAGGCUGUGGCGGAAGCAAGACUGCGUCUUCAAGUUAGAGACACCCCAAUAACCCCUCAGAGUGAUCUCCCAAUGGCGUUUGAGAACGGAGUAGAACCCGCGAGAACGGAAUUGGCAGCUGUUAGGAGAGCUCCUGAAGGAAUGGACAGCGAAGCCAACGAAAACGAAAACCCUAUUGCUCUAGGUGCCAACUGUAAGACGGACGACGACUCUAAGAAAAUCAACAUCCACGUGUCAGUGACGAUAAACGCUGGCACACUGGCCGACCUGAAGAAGCAGAGGGCGCAGAUCCGCAGCUCGUCGGCAGACAUGAGCCUGAGCUCGGCCGACACGCACCCGCCGUCCUCUUUGUCCUCGCUGAGCAUGACCAGACUGGACGAGGUGAUCGGCGCCGAGAAGCCUUUUAAUCGCUUUUCUGGGGACACAAGCGAGGCCAUUUGCGACGUCUCGCGCACCUCCAGACGAUGUACCAUCCUUUGAGUCCCUCAUUACGCUCAAAUUAUUUUCUGACAGCCAAACACUUUGAACUUCCUCGAAGAAAGAAUUCUUUCGACCUAUUUUUCAUCUGACUGUUGACGCGAUUGAUCAGCAAUCUUAUCGUAGUUUGUAGUAUAAAUGUGUGGCAACGGUGACUAAUAUGCCACCUGUCUAAGCAAUAGAGACAAAAGAAACAUAUUCAUAUAAAAUUAAAACACAUCACACAACUGGCAGUGAUAAGGGCAGGCUUUUUGGGGGUUUAGAGCAGAACGCGGUGGCGCUUGAGUUCGCUUUUUGAUCUCUUGGCCCGUCCACCGAAAUCAGUACUGAUUUUUCAAACCGUCGUUUUGAGCUCCAAUUUUGACUCGCUAUAACUGUUUCAUAAUAUUAAAACGUGUACUUAAUUUUAGACAAAACUUUGCGGUAGCGUGAAUCGGCAUAUUUUUAACAGAUCAAAAGGGCAGCUGCAUCAUAAAACACACAUAUAAUACGCAUUACUCACUGAGCAUUCCAUUUUAUUAAAUUAUUAUUUUUAUAUGUAGAAACAACGACUUAGUAAAUAGGAAUAUUUACAUCAAGAUAGCGCACUUGUAAAAUAGCACAAAGAGUAAAUCCUCCAUCCUAGAUUGAUUUAUAAAUAUGGUUGAUUGCAAUAGGCAGGUACCUGUGAAAAAAGUUAAGUUUGGUGUGUUUAAUUUGGUAAAAGAAAAAAAUCCCCACUGCAUGAAGUGCAUAUCUAUAUUUCGACUGUCUAUAUAUUUAAAAACGGAAAUCAAGUACGCGCACAUACAUGUAGUCGGACCCAUUCUCAAUAAAGUAAUUGAUUAAAGCACAGUUCAA